GCGGCCUCCCGCUGCACAUUAACAGGUUGUGUGAUGGUUGCAGACGAUUGUCCUAGGCGUACUCGUCGUACCGCGACAUCCCAAGUGGCCGCCAGACAUGGACCCACCGCCAGCGUGGCGCAGUGCGGCCGACCAAGAUCAGUAUCAAGAUGGUGUGGCGUCGAAUUCGAUGCCAGCGGGCGAGGACGACAUACCGCCUCCAGACUAUCCGUCCUAUGACGUUGAUCUCCCUUCUACUCUCGGCAUCGCUUCCAGCACGUCGAGCAGGGCUGCUGCACUGCCGAACUCAGAUUUAAUACAUGUGAAGGCCGCUCGCGUCGCUGGUCUGUCGCCAGAAUCCUUUUUCGACAUCGCACCUCGGUCCGACGCAACUUCUUUCCAGGUUGGCUACCUUGGUAUGCCAGGGUUCAAGGCAUGGAUACAAGGAGAUGUACUGGUUAAAAUUACUCCGAAUUCGACCGAGAGGAGGCGCAGGUUCUGGAAAUGCACAAUCGAUCUGUCUGCUGUUGAAUCGAUAAAUUCUCCAACAACAAGUACGUCGGCGUCUUCUUCAUCUUUGUCCCCUGAUCCUGCAUCUUCAAUGCAAAUCGAGCUGUUCAGCAGCACUCAGACCCUGUGGGACGCCUCCGCAGCCGCGACCUCGGCCUCUGGGUCCGCAAACGCCAGUCUACCUGCGAGUAUGCCUUUCUCAUUCGAGUUGACGCCCGAUCUACCGCAUUGCAUUCACCUCAGCAGGUCGCAGCUCGCUUACAAGCUCACUGCCACACUCCAUGGUGAUUAUGCCGAGUCAGUCGAUGGCGAUGGCCAGGAAGUUGCAGAUGCGGUCAAGGUCGUUCCAGUACAUCUCACGAGGUACACACCACCAGGGGAGCUGUGGGAUCUCUUAGCCGACGACCUUGAUGAUGAUCUCUUGAACUCGCAAUCAACUGCGCGGCAGUCCAACGCCUCCUACCUAUCCUCCGCGACCCAUUCUUUCAUGGCGUCCCUUUCACGGGAGUUCUCGCUCUCUCCUUAUGCCUGGUCGAUUUCGACACCAAUUGUUGCACACGUUCAGCUACCACGCGGAACCAUCUACCGGCGAGCGCAGCCGAUCGACUUGCGCGUUGUAGUGCCACCACCAUCUCGAGAAAAACAUGUGGGGCUGGACGGAUCAGGGCAUGGACCAGGCGUGCAACUGAGAGCAGUCGAGGCGGAACUGGUGCGAAGGAUAUGGGUGUUGCCGCGUGGGAGUACUGAGAGGGACGAUCCGCAGCGCGUAGAAAUAUUACAAGGAAUCGUGGCUGACACGGAUCAGGAGAAGGAGCGCAAAGCAGUGAUGGGCAAAGGCAAGCUUGCCGAAGAUGCGAGUUUUGCAGGCCCAACAUGGCGCUCUGAUUGCGGUACAGACGUGCCCGACUACGCGCACGGGGAAGGACCAUCGAUGAUGUCUAUUCCGGCGUAUCACUUCCAACAAUAUCACGAUGCCCCGCCACCUUUCGUUGACCAUCAAACGCAGACCGAGAGUAGCUCGCACGUAUCUCCCCAGGCACAAUCGACCCCACCACCACUCCUACCAUCCCAGGCAGCUUCACGUCCUACCUCAUCGCCGCGAGCGUACGAGUCUAUCUUGGCAUAUUCGGGGAAGCUCUGCCGAUUCCACUCUCAGAAGCCGAUUAUACUGCGUCUGGCACUGCACCCACCAUUCGACUCGGUCAAUAUGCCGCACCCUCACCCCGACCACGACGCUGCAAGUUUGGGGCGCGGCUUUGGGUUUGGGAUUGGUGUAGACAGUGGCGGAGGGGUUAGUGGAGGACUAGGAGUGGAAGGGACUAGGGCAAGAACAAGGACAGGGACAGAGGGUUCAGCGGCGGGAGACACAGGCGCUAGCGCCGGUUUCGCUGGUGUCCCAGCUGGCAGCGGUUGCGAAAGCAUCUCACAAGAAACCGUUCUUCAUCGCGUCGACUUCGAAGUGCGCGUACGGAUCGCGUUACAACGUUCAGCGGAAGGACGUUACAAUCACGCGGGCGCAGAUCCGGCGGCAGGCACACCAGGUUUUGGUCUCGGUACAAGUGCCAGCACAGGGAUGAGCGGCUCUCGCAGCGGAGGAGGCAGCGGCCAGAAUGCAAGCGAAAGGCGUGACAUACGGUUGCACAAACGCGUCUACAUCCUCCCUGGCGCAGCAGGUAAAGUAGUACAGUUUGAGAACGGCGAAAAUGGCAUCAGCGCCAAGCAUGGCGAGGGCGCCACAACGGUAGGGUCUAUCAAUUCGGUGCUUCAUCUGGAGCAAGGCGAAUCGCUUCUACAGGUACAAGGAUUAACGUCCAGCACUCUUGCAGCAGACCCAGCAGAUGCGCCAUUGGCAUCGCCCUGCGCUCCUUCCUGCUCCCCUGCAUCAUUUUCUGUCUCAGAAGAGAAAAAUGGACGUCAAGCUGCUGCCGAGGCAGAGGCGUCGCAGGGGGUCUUCGUGAACUUUGAUGCGCAGGAAGAGUUCGACGGGUAUGAAGAUGUUGCACGGUCCUUUUCGCCUCCACCUCCGCUUGAAGGCUUGGAUGAAGAGUCAUCUGUCGGCUCACCACACGUUGUGCACUAUCUGGCUGCUAAUGUCGGCGCUGGUUCAGAUGGUGCGACAUCUAACGGGCCAGCGACUCUCCUUGGUACGACCGAAGAGGAGCAGGGGCAUCACCACAGCCUGAAUCUUGAGCAGCUGAUGCAUUUCCUCGAAGGGGGCCAGAUGCUCGGCGGCAGUCAAGAAGAGCUUCCUCCACCCACGCUUCAGGAAUCACGCAACGACUUUCAGUUUGAGGUGCCGGUAGAAGGCGUGGGCAUGGCUAUGCCAAGAGACCUUGUCGACAGAAGUGUACUUGCGUAUACAACAGGACACAAUUACCAGCAUCGUGGUGAUGGAGCACAUGGUUUGCACCAUAACAAUGAUGACGACGAAGACGUAUACGACCCACCGCCGCCCAUGUCACCGCUGGCACCAGGCACACCGCAUGAUGACAUCGCCAUCCUCGGAGACCACGAUGAAGCUAUACAUGGGCUCGCCUUUGCAUUGCCUGCGCUCGAUUCAUACCCUGAGUCGAAUGCGAACCAUCUGGCUCUCCUUCCCCUUACAGGCCGCGGGCACCCUUCCGGCAUUGCACACACGCAUGAUGGUGCGCACGCAGCUGUGCAUGCUGAUGCGGAUCCGCCCAGUUUCGGCGAUGCAACGGGCCAGCGCGCCCAACACAUGGAUGGACUCCCAAGCGGCGACGAAGCGGCAAGGGCGAUCGUGACGCAGCCGCCGCCAUAUCGCGGGCGCACGCCAACGCUUCUCGACGGCCAUCCCUCCAUUCCUGUGCCCUUGCAUGGCGCACAGACUCCUGUGCAACCUGCGAUGCUAUCGCCCGUCGUCAAUGGAGUACCUCCGGACCAUCACCCGCCUGCUUACGCGCACCAGUCAAUAGGCGAAGCAGGCAUCGGACCUUCGGAGCUGCCGGACUACGAGGAGCAGGCACGAUGAUGCACUUCUGUCUCUUUGUUACUUAUUUCACCUUCCACGUUGUACAGUCGUAAACCUCAGUACUUUGCUUUCAGUAGCAUACUACCGCGCAAUCAACUCAAGUGCAUCCGACGGGGACUUGACCAGUACACACCCCCACUUACUGAGUCCCU